AUGUUUCUUCAUUUUGUUUCACAAAUUAUUCCCUCUCUUAUACAGUGCUUCUUCUUGUGUUGCUUUUUGACAAAGGGAGGACUUGUUGCUAAGAGAAUUGAGUGGACCACUCUGUGCCAAACGUCUGUUUGGAGUAUUCAAAAGAUUUUCUUGAAAUCAAUUUUCUAUUUCUGGAUAGCUCCUCACAGGAAUUGGAGGACCAAAAUGGAUGGAGACAAAUCGCCAACGUUUGCCCGCAACUUUCUCGACCCGUUGGGAGACAUGCCUGGUCCAUAUCUGGACGACUUCUUCAUUUUUCUGAAAGACUCCAAUAAAGUCAAUAAGCAAUCGAAUCAAGUAUCUCAUCUGUCUUAUCUGAAUCGUCGAGGAAUUGACUACAUUUUUACGAUUUGCGCUCGCUUGAAGAUGCCUCCAGAUGUUCGCUUCGUUGCUGCUUUGAUAUUUGACCGGUACAUGUCCGUUCAUGUACAAGAAGCACAUCUCUUCAUUAACACGUUGGAUAUGACGGCAGAGCAAAAAGCUGAACAGUGGACCAAGACCCAAUGCAACAUCAUUCGGCAGUUAUCGCUUCGCGUUGUCACGGCAAUUCAAAUAGCAUCAAAGGACAACUAUUACCACGACAGCUUGUCAAAUGCCGUUACGGCAAAGAUUUUACUGGCUGUUGGAUCGCCGUUUACGCCAAGGGCUAUUAUUAGAUCUGAGAUGAGAAUGCUACGUGCGAUUGAUUACGUUCUUCCAUUUUCACCGAUCACUUAUAUUGAAAGCGUUCUUAAAACUUUGGAUCGAUACGAUAUAAAUCUCGAGCAUCCCAAUGUGAUCUGGGAACAUGCGGUGCUUUUCCUUGAUGUCAUGUUCAGCUUUUUAAAUGAAAUCAUAGCACAGUUGCAAACUAACUUGGCCAAUAUUACAUCUCAGACGUUGACGAGCCGGAAAAUUCCAGUAAAAGGUGACUGGCUGUUGAUUGGAUGCUCAUGCUUAACUUGUGCCAUUGCUUGUGUGUAUGGCUUCGAGCGUGCUGACGCGGUGUCUGCAACAAUUGGCAAAAUUACUUCGAUCUCUUCGCAAGACAUAGUCGACCUCUCCGUGGCUACAAUUCACUUUAUCAACAAUGAGCAUCAGGAAGUUGGUAAGGGAUGCGAUGAAUGUACUACUGGACAAGAAUUCGAGAAGCGUCGCUACGAU